AUGCCGGGUCGCUCCGCUGUGGAAGGAGGUCACACGUUUGAGCCCAGGGCCUCCUCCACCGCCUCCUCCUGUGAGAAUGGGGAGCAGGAAUGUGUGAUGGGCCGGGUGUAUGUGGGCCAGCGCCGGGCCUGCCUGUGCCACUCGGUGAAGUUUAGAGGGGGGAGCGGCCGACGGAGGGGACGAUACAAACACACGCAGCGGCAGGAAACUUCUGUUGAGAGAAAAAUGUCUCGAACCGAAGAGGUGAACAAGAUGACAGAAAACGUGUACAAGGGGAUUCUGGACCAGUUCAACCCCAGUCUGAAGAAUUUUGUGGCCAUGGGGAAACACUACGAGAAAGCCCUGACAGGAGUGACCGUGGCUGCUAAAGGGUACUUUGACGCCCUGGUGAAACUUGGAGAGCUGGCGAGCGACAGCCAGGGCUCCAAGGAGCUGGGAGACACACUGUUUCAGAUGGCCGAGGUGCACCGGCAGAUUCAGGUGCAGCUGGAAGACGUGUUGAAGCUGUUUCAUUCGGAGAUGCUCGCUCAGCUGGAGCAGAAGCUUGAGCUGGACAUCAAAUACCUCACAGCCACCCUGAAGAAGUAUCAGAGUGAGCGAAGGUCUCAGUCUGAGUCAAUCGAGCGCUGUCAGUCUCAGCUAAAGAAACUCCGCCGGAAGAGCCAGGGCAGCCGCCACCCAAACAAAUAUGGUGACAGAGAGAUGCAGUUUGUGGAGCUGAUGAGUCGUCGCCAAGGCGAGCUGGAUACACUGGUUGCCACUGGUUACAAAUCUGCGCUCACUGAAGAGAGGAGGCGGUACUGCUUCCUGGUGGACAGACAGUGCUGUGUCACCAAACUGCUCAUAAACUACCACACCAAGGUGAGAGAGCUCCUGUCACAGAAACUGUCAUCGUGGCAGCAGUCGUGUUCUCAGCCAACCAAGCUCCCGGAGCGCGCCCUCAACCUGCUGCGUCACACAGCGCCCCACGGCCCAGGGGCUGCUGGGAUAGCCGAGGUCCUCCGCCACACCAAGCUGGGCUCAGCGCAGCCCGAGCAGAGGCUCUCUGUUCAGGAAGUGCCUCCUCUGCUGAACGGAGACUCCAGUCGCUCCCAGCAGCAACGCUCGCUUCCAUCCUCCUCCUCCCAGAGCGACAGCGGCCCUCCUCAGGGCUCCCCUCAGACUUUCCACUCCUCUUCCUCCACCGGAGGACCUGCCGCCGGCUCCUCCAGAGGAGCGUCUCCUCAGCACGCCAGCACGCCCCUCGGCGCCUCGGCCGGCCCCCCCGCCGACGGCAGCGACAGCGCCGGCGCCAGCCCGGGCGCCUCCACCCCCACCACCACCUCCAGCAGCGGCUCUGGCCAGCAGGGCUCUCUCCUCCUGGCCACUAACACCUCCAACCUCUCCCCGAGCCUCAUCCCCUCCACGGUGAUGUCGCUCAGCCACAUCUCGCCGGCCGGCGGCGCCCUGCACGGCGUGACCCUCCCCAUCGCCCACAGCGCUCCCCACAGCCCGCCGCUGUCCCACAGCGCUCCGCUCUCCAGGGCCAUCACCCCGGUGCAGCUGCUGCACCAGCAGGUGGGGCCGGGGGGGAGCAGCGCGCUGUCCCCGUCCCACAACCCGUGGCUGCUGAAGGCCGGCGACAUGUGCGCGACGGCGACCCUCCCCCUGCCCAGGAGACCGGUCAGCGAGAUGAGGCUGGGCGGCUUUCAGGGCUCCAGUCUGCCCAGGAUGAUGCCUCUGUCUGGACUUACCCGCGUGGAGGCCGUGUUUCCUCACACGCCCGGAGCCUCAGAAGCCGGCGGUGGCCACAUAGGGGGCGGAGCCUGCUUGCUUCACUUCCAACCUGGUGACAACAUCACCUUGCUCAUCUCUGAGCCCAGGGACGGAUGGCAUUAUGGCCAGAACGAACGGACUGGAAGGAAAGGCUGGUUCCCUUUCUCCUACACCCAGCCCCAACAUGGCAAGAAGGAUCACCUGGAAGGCUCCCUCUUCUUAUCUAGGGCGAACAGCACCAGCACCGGACAGCUCGACAAGCUAGUGUGUCCAGGUCUCCCGGCCCUCACCCCCGAGUCAGAGGAGGAGCGCUCCCUUCCUCCCCAGAGGGUCAGCACCUUCCGCCCGCGCCCCUACAGCAUGGCCGACAGCAACAAGAUUACAUCAGAGUUGGCCUCUCCACCACCUUCACCAACAAGGCCUAAUCCAUUUGGUCACAUUCGACUCAGAAAGACGGUCACCAACGAUCGGUCAGCUCCCAUCAUUGAGUGAGUCCUGCUCUCUGUGGACCGUCAGUCCAUCAGUCCUCAGGCUGGGACUCCGACCUGUUUUUGUAGUCGUGAUUCACUGUGGAUGUUCUGUUUCUCAUCUAAUCAUUUAGGGUUUGUGUUUCAUGUGCAGAAGAAGAGUGACAAUUAUUUACAAAAUAAUUAUUUGUGCUUUAUACUUUGAGGCUGUUAGCGAUAUAGCAUAGAAUACUGUAUCACCUGAGGAUUCACCAUCAGAAAAAGCAGGGCAUUAAGUUAUAACAAAGGUAGGGUCUUUUUUGGGGGGGUGUUUGAGACCGUCAUACGGUGUCUUUCUCAUCCAAAAUAAUUAACAUUUUCUGAUUGGUUUUGACCUGUUCCUCUUUAUACCUGUACUUGUUCUUUAUGUUUCAUAUCCACAGAAUGGUUCCUUUUUUCCAGCUGAUUCUGGGACUGGGUCCUAUAAUAACAGGUUGUACGGUUAUGAGACAUUAAUGGAAGAGGACAGGUUCCUUCUGUACAACAGUAUUAUAUAUAUAUUUUAAAAAGCUGCCACGCUGGUUUCAUGAAGGAAAAAAAAGGUCUGUUUUGAUUCCAAAUUUUGGUUGUUUAGAUGAUACGCUGCUCACAUGUUAAUUGAGUUAAUUUUGUGUCUCUUUGAUUUGAUUUGCUGUACGCUUUUUGCAUACCAGGUCAAUCUUUCAGUUAAUAAUAAUUCUGCUGCUGUCAUAUGAUCUGUUUGUAACUAUUGGUUAUUGGGUUACUGUUUUCUCAGUCUGAAAAUGCAAAGAAACUACCUUAAUUUGUGUAACUGAAGUGUCAUUUUCUUUGUGGGAUAACGGGGUGAAAAAAUACAACUCAAACAAAGUUGAUAAACGUACCACACUGUGAGAGAUAAAACAGCUGUAUUUAUGGACAGUGGUUUUAUGAAAAGAAUUGUAUUUUUAGAAAGUAGUGUGUUGUUGAAGGUUCAAAUGAGAGUCUUAUAUAAAAAAAGAAGUUUCCAUGCAUCAUCUUUGGAUUUGAUGUCUUCUCGAUUCCCUUUCAGUCCCAAAUCCAGAGCUGUUCACCAUCUAGGCUAGUCGAUUGUAGCUGUGUGGAUCAGACAGAUGUGAAAGCCAAGGCAGACGACAGGAUCAGGUUCUCUGGGGAAACGAGUCAGUGAAAGUGAUGAAGAAAGCUAUGGGGAAGUGGAUCAAUGUGUGAGCAAGUGUUUGUGGUAAACAAUAAACAUUCGAAGUAAUAUUUUGUAGUGAAGCGAAGUAUAUAAAUAAGAUAUUGUCACAAAUUGAAUUGCUUAAUGUUUCUCACGCAGCUCUUUAUCUUUUAAAGGUUUUAGAGAAUCAUUCCUAACAGCAAAUCCUGUGUAUUGCUCUGUGGUGUCAUUAAUAAAUGUAACCUGAUGUUUGUCUAUGCUUGUAAAUAGUGCUGAAAAUGCAUGUGAUUGACAGCUGUGUGAAAUAUUUCACUUUGGUGGAACAUUUUGACUUGGUCAUGGUGCAGGGGAAGCGUUUGAAACUGGAAACGCCUCGUAACUGACAGCAGUGAAUUUUGCUCACUUCUCGGACACGCUGUGCAUCCAGUCACAAACUUCUUGCUGCUGUGAUUUAAUCUGUGUUUUGAAUAGAGAGUAAUGCUGAUUUGUGUCAACUUUCAAUUAAAUUACAGAAAUGUGUGGCUGUCAGAUUAUAAAAUAAAUUGCUUUAUAGUACACUAGUGUCUAUUAUGUACUCCUGUAGUCUGUAACCAGUCAGCUUGAAUCUAGAUGAGGUUCCUAUUGGCUUAUACUGUAUAUGUUUCCCCACAUGCGCCAUCAGAUUAAUGGGAUUGUCAUUGUGAUAAUCACAGCUGUAUAUUCAUAAUCUUCCACUAAAGUGAAAUAUUGUUUAAACAGUAGACACCAUUUCAUACACAGGUCUGCAGAUCUGUGGAUGAGAAAAAUGGAGUGCAGUGAACUGACCGUGGCUCUUGUAUUAAUAUAAAGAUCCAAUGAUAUGACGACGAACACUGCUGAGAAGCAGCGGUGCACUGAAUGUUUACAUAUCAAAUAAAAACCCUUCAAAGGAAUUAAUCAGGGGUUUGUUGGAUUCAGCAAAGUGAAAUUCCCGCAUGUUUUACCAGCACAUUUACAGAGGGAUUGGAGGCUUCAUGCUCAGGAAGUGAUCGUGGGACACAGAGGAUGCAAAGUACACCUGUCAAAAAUGCAUUUUGCACCCUACCCAGCGAUGUUUUUGCUUAUUCUACUGAGUUGUGCAGCUGCCUCUUCUGUCUUAUGCAAGUUCGAACAUGUUUCUAUGCAAAAAGGAAUUUGUUUUUCCAACAGCCUUAAUCUGAUUACUGCCUUUCCAAACUAAGCUUUCUGUGACGGAUCACAACCGAGUGGAAGCUUAGUUUUUAAACCGCUCACGUUUUUUUAAAAACAAACAUUAAGUUAACCAUUAAGAGCAGACGGAUGUGGUUAAAUUAAUUCAAAAGUCUGGUUAUUAUUUAAAUUUCAAGUCAUUUAAAGUUUGUGUAGAGAUUUUAUUUUUGCCUUAUUCUCAAUUGUAAAAUGUAGGGAGAGUGAAAUGCAUGUUUGU